GGAGCUGAUGGAUGUGGCCCGGAGAAAAGUAUAUGUAUGGAUAUUAGACCUUCUAUACAUCUAAAACAAUUUUCUGAAGGUUUAUAUUUGUAUACAUUUAUAGCCUACUUGUAGGUGGCCUAGUGUUUUAUGUGAACGUCAUCAUGACUUUACAGAUCGAGUGACAUAAUUGUAGGUGUGUAUUGAGUGGGAGGAGCAUACAUCGGCAUUAUUUAUACAGGCCUGUCUUCUUUUAUCGGCAUCACUCUGAUGACCCAAACACGCUCCAAGAUGAUCCCUCUUUUUGCUUUGGGUUACAUUCUAUUAGUUUGGCUGAUUUGCGGCUUCACCAAUGUUUCUGGGGCUACGGUGGGAGCUACAGAAGCCUAUAAAAACAACUGCUGCCGAAAAACCUGGAUGGAAAUAGGGUAUGACAUCCGCAAGGCCGUAUGCUGUGAGAAUCAUCUUUAUCCAGGGGCAGAGCGGUCACGCUGUGGAGGGCAGGCUUUCAACCCUGAAGAAGACACUUGUUGUAAAGUAGAAAAUGGAUACACCAAAACAGCUGUUACAGAGGGUCUUAGCGAAAAGGUGUCAUCUUGCUGUGGACUGAAGGCCUACAACCCACUCAAUGAAAUAUGCUGUCAGUCAACCGUCGUAGCCAAACCUGCGCCAAAGGCCCACUGUUGUGGUCAGGAGGCUUUUGAUGUGGACAAGCAGCUGUGUUGUGGUCCGACCCAUAACAAGACGAUCCUGACGAGAUAUUCCAGUGACCACCUGUGCUGUGGAAAUAACCAGUUUGACUCUAAAGCUGAGUGCUGCUGUUUGAUACAGAACGCUCUGAAGACACAACCCAUCAGUUCCAGCUGCUGCGUGAAGGAGUCAGCUCGCUUAGGAACAAAGGCCCACAACACAUUCCAAGAACUAAGCUCUCAAUCUACUGUUGUAGACAAACCUGCGCCACAUUUCCAAUGCUGUGGUGGAAAGGUAUUUAAUAAUCACACACAGCUGUGUUGUGGUCCGACCCAUAACAAGACGAUCCUGACGAGAUAUUCCAGUGACCACCUGUGCUGUGGAAAUAACCAGUUUGACUCUAAAGCUGAGUGCUGCUGUUUGAUACAGAACGCUCUGAAGACACAACCCAUCAGUUCCAGCUGCUGCGUGAAGAAGUCAGCUCACUUAGGAACAAAGGCCCACAACACAUUCCAAGAACUAAGCUCUCAAUCUACUGUUGUAGACAAACCUGCGCCACAUUUCCAAUGCUGUGGUGGAAAGGUAUUUAAUAAUCACACACAGCUGUGUUGUGGUCCGACCCAUAACAAGACGAUCCUGACGAGAUAUUCCUGUGACCACCUGUGCUGUGGAAAUAACCAGUUUGACUCUAAAACUGAGUGCUGCUGUUUGAUACAGAACGCUCUGAAGACACAACCCAUCAGUUCCAGCUGCUGCGUGAAGGAGUCAGGUCGAUGUGAUGAGGCCCCUCCUGUGUAUAACCCACAUACGCAUAUCUGCUGUGUUGGCUGUGUAUCCGAGCGGAAGUCUGAGUGGAAACCUUGGAUAGAUCAAUUUUAUGUCUCACAUGGACAACACUACUGCGGGACAGAACUCUAUUGGCCUCACACCCAGAUCUGCUGCAAUGGACACAGACAUCACAAAAAGGAAAACACCCACUGCUGUGGGGUAAAAGCCUACAACAUUAAAGACCCGCGGAUGAAGUGCUGUGCAUGGGCACUACACACCCUGACUAUUGGACAUGAAGGGCAGUGCUGUGGAUCCAUUCUGCAAACCUCAAUGAAUGUUUGCUGCUCGAGUGAGGACGAGGAGGUGCUCUACUCUGCAAAGACAGGAUACCGAUGCUGUGGUCACCGCUACUACAACCCCUCACUGUGGUCCUGCUGUGCAGGGAAGCUGAGUCCAGUACAGCAACCACGACAGAAUGAGAGCGAGAGGGUUAAAGAAUCCAUCCUUCUGUCAGUUAACAAUCUGAAUGAAACAAAUCUUUGCGACGAAAUGCGAAUCGGAACUUUGGAAAGUGUGUCUCCGCACAGCAUCAUGUUCGGCAACGUGCUGAAAAUCCAUGGAAGAAAUGGCAUCGUCACACAUAUGGCCUCACCUCAAAUCCUGAAAACACCUGAUCGCUGCAGCUUCCCUAAACUGAUCCCUGGGAACAACUACUUAUUUGAUGAAGUUAAUGUUUUUGCUGAUUUCCAACAUAACUCUAUUCUCCAGUCGCUCCAUUUCAUUAUUUCCAAGUGUCAUCGUCCUUAGGUCACCACUGUUACCUGUUACCAAAGCAGCGUGCAACGGUUCACUUGCUAAAUAUGCUAUUUAUACCUUUGUUAAACUUGUCUGUUAUCUACUAUCUUGCCUGCAGUAACGAAAAUGAGCUGUUAUCCACGUUUUGUGCAGAGGAUUAGCAUUAGACACUGUUGCCUAUUAUGGUCUUGAACAGAACUUGAUUUGCUCAUGAUUCCAUCUCAACUUGAUCUCAACUGCUUUUGAACUUGGACUCGAUCAAGUUCAAUUGAAUAGAUCCCUCAUCUAAUGUGUUUUUGCUUUCAGAGUAUUAUGCUAGUCUUUGUUAUUUUAUACUUACAUAUUUAAAUGAUAUAAUAAAUGACAAAUGUUUGCACACAUGUUUUUCCCUCAAAAUAAAUGACAGGAUUUAUCAUCCAAAAUAUCUGGAAUAGAUAUAUAUAAUAUAUAAUAAGACCUGUGAGUGCUUUAAGUGUUAUGUAUUUAUCUGAAUAAACAACAAUUAUAAUGAAA